AUGCCUGUUGCAGGUGCAAUCAGUGGCCUGACUGACAAAGUCCCCCGCUUGGACAGGUGGGUUCAAGCUUUGGAGCUGGUCCGGACGUAUGGGUCUUUUGCACAAUUUGAGGGUCAGGUGGCAGCUGGCUCUGUGGGAUCUGCUCUUGCACCGGGCGGCGAUUCAAGCAGCCCAGUUGCCCGUCAGCUGAUUCGGGCUAUGGCCGAAGUGCUUCGACAAAUCGACCGUCGGAUGCUGUCCCGGGUUGUCCAAAGCAGCAUAUCAAUCGACAAGACAGCUGACAUGAUGCUCCUGUACGUUCGUCUUUUGGUGCCCGAGGGCAUCUAUGACUUCUUGGGAUCUGUUCGAGGGGACACCUUAUCAGACGUCGAGGCGAUAGGCUCAGCUCUGGAGGCUGCCCUUCAGCAGAUGUGUACCUCGGCAACUGGCGAAUUCGACCAGGACGAGCUGCACAGAAAAUUCUUGGAUUCGGUGACAAGCGCUGUUGCUGACGGGGGGCCGACAGAACAACGAGUCCUCUACAACGUCAGCCCGGCCCGACCUGGUGGGUUUUCAAACGGGGAGGAGCCUUUGUUCAAGAACCUGGCCCUGAUAGCGAGAGACAGGCCGCACCGAUUCAGGUCGGUGCAGAAAGGGUUUUGGUCUCACGUCGGAUUGGAGAUCAAGGAGUUCCUUGACGCCUUGGUGGUGGGCCCUAGAUCGCUGGCACGGUUGAUGGAGACAAGCAGGAAAUUUAGCCUUCUGUUUGAGGCGAAGCAACGUGAAUCCAAGGCGCGGAAUGUUCACGACGCUCCUGCGUUUGCUGGUGUCUUGCGCAAUCUGCAGUUUUCAGAGUCGCGAUUCAGUUCGCGAACCAAGCCUCUCUUCCGCUUGUUCAGAUUAUUGCCAGAGGUGAUCCAGACAUUGGCAGAAAUAUCAUCCUGGAAGGCCCAGGCUGAAAAGGACGAGGCCGACUGGGCCACGGCUCUUCUCGAGAAGUGGGGGGGGGACAAGGGGUAUGAGGCCCUAGUCUCCGCAGCAGUCGUGGCAGACUCGCUCAUCGCAUCGCAGCCAGCACUGCGAGUAGAAGACGAGGCAUCGGCCGACUACGCACUUAGCGGCCCGGCCGCCGCAGAGCUGAAGAUGUCCCUGGAGGCACUGCUUCUUCAUGGGGGUAUCUUUUUGCCAGAAGCUGAGGGGUCUUUGACGCAUCACUGCCUGCGUGCAAUACAAAGCAAAACGAUAUUCGUCAAGUCCGGCACACCUGGUGCCAGUGCUGUAUCUUUGCGAUGGAUGUACGGGAUCUACCUUGCAUUCUUCAAUGCGAAUUUCCCCAUGUACGAGGCAACAUCCUUCGCGUGUUUCAACUUGGAUGCCGAGAUGUCCACCUCGGAUCGUUUUCGCUUCCUGCGGAUGCUAUGCCUCCGAUUUGACUUGAGCAUCGAUGCAUGCUGGCGUCAGUUUAUUGGCAAUGGCCACGACUCAGGGCUUCUCCACAGAGCUCGAUGGCACAGCUCAGCAGCUGGGGUGGCUUAUGCAGCGUCCCAAGAAUCCGAAACGACCGCAGCCUCAGCAGGAAACAGAUUAUUCUGUCACCCUCCAGAAUCAAAGCAUCAAAGAAGCUGGCUGAAGACGUGGCAAGAAGUUCGUGGAAACUCGCCUGGAAAGCAGCUGAUAGCUCAUUACCUCAGCGCCUUGUCCGGCACAGGCACGGUAGACAGGUGGUUGGGACAGUGCCGCCGACUUGACAAGUUCCGAUCCCUGCCGGCGACAGAGAUAGAGAAUGCAGCCAAAUUGUUGGUACAAGACGCCGGGGGAAGACGCCGAGUGCCGUUGGAUCCGCGGGCUGUUCUGAUAAAGGCAGCGCCUGCUGCGACGGCAGGCGGUGGAUCUGUCUGCCACCCAAUUUCGGCAUUCGGCCUCAAGGCUCAAAAGGUCUACGCUUCGUUGUACGGGGAACGGCGGUUGCCUUCGAGGGAUCUACUUCCGCAUACCCCCGGCGAGAUUGCACGGCAACGACUCCUGGCAGAACGCCCCAGGCUUUCUGCAGGCAGAAAGAAGUCUGGCAAUAGUGAAGCAGACCUGCUCAACGAGCACCGCAAGAUAGUCGGCGCUUGUGUGGAACGAGUGCAGAAGGGAAAUGCCGAAGCGGAUGAGGCCGCGGGCCCUUUGGGUGAAAUCCCUCUACCUGCUCCGAAAAGACAGAGGCUGAUGGCGGAAGCUUCUUCGGCAGUGAACAACAUGUAUUCUGCCAUAGUAACUGGCAUGACAGAUGCUCAGGGUCAAGUCGUCGCGGAUUCAGCCGAGACUGAGAAGGCCAUCAGGCUCCAACGGAAGAUCGCUGACUGUAAAGCAGACGCGUUCCUGAAAAGUUCUCGGAGGGUACCUGUGGCAUACGUGGAUGCGAAGGCUGGGCUGAUGAGGCCUGCGGUGGCUGAUUCAGAAAUGGUGGGCCCUGCUCCCGAGCUUCCUGCCAGGCCACGUGUCAUGGUCGACACCUCAGUCACUGGUCUGGUCCUGGAUCAGGCUGCCUUUUCCGUGAGACGGUCGGUUGAUUUCAGCAAAGACGCACAUGUUAUAGUUGUGGCCGACUUCCACCAGUGCUUCUAUGAUCCAGUUGCCCUGUAUGCCCGGUUGCGCGGAAGAACCCUGGUGGAACCGGGGUGGUUUUCUGGACGUGGCCAAGGGCUGGCAUUCCGCAGCUUCAUGCAAGCCAGACAUGUUAUAUUGUAUAUACACGAGAGCUUCCAAUCGGCCCAUCCGACUUACGUGGAUUGCUUGCACAAAUGCUCCCGGGACAGCCCGGCUCUGAAAAGUGGCAAGCCUCAUUUUGAAUUGCAGAUCGGUUCUAAGCCAGAAGUUGUUCGCACACCCACUCUGACAUAUGAGCUGGUGGACGACAAAAGCAAAUCAAAGGAAGCCAAAGUGGCUGCCAAGCAGUGGACGCUCCAAGAGCUUCUCCAUCAGUGCACCUUAGUGUGGGACCAGCCUAGCUCAUCAAGUAGCUCUGGACAGUAG